AUGUUGCUCUCUCUGCGGCCCGCUUGCUUUCUCAAAGUCAGCGGGAAGGUGCCGGAAUCUCAAGGAGUGCAGGGGCAUGACUGGGGAAAGAGAGUGGUCGGUAGAGCUCCCCAGGUGCUGGGAGGAUGCAAGAAGCUAGGGAGGAAUGAAAGAAGCUCAGGGCUUCGGUUGGUUCAGCUGGCUGAGGACGGGAGUGUCUUGGGGACGGUCCAAGCCCCAGCAAUUGUGGAGGAUGGAAGAAGGAAGGGGCUCGUGUCGGUGCAUGGGGAGGCGAUUGGAAAGCCAAAAGAGCUCUCCAACAUUCAGACUGGGAGAGUGUGGACAUCCGAGAAUGGCCGGUUCGCAGUCACCCCCCUCCCACCGCUGCCUGGCGCAUCCCCCUGGCGGAGGUGGCUUGCAAUCUGGGACCGGAGCCCGGAACGAGGCAAAAGCAAAGCGCACGUGAUUGAGUGGCAUUUACCAAUUGGUAAAAGUGCUGCACCAGAGUCUGGCCCAUCUGUUGGCAAUGCAGCUCUCAAUGGGACCGACAAUUCUGAAAGGGGUACGAGUGCAGAAUCAGCGGUCUACGAUCGGCCUGUUGAGGAGACACUUUCGACAGGAACGCAGCGGAAUGCCAGAAGUGAAAGCGAGGGGAAGCCUGAAGGGGUUCCUGGGGAGGACUGGCUGUGGCUGGCCGUUUCGGACGACGGCAGGUCCGUCGUGGGGCUUCGGACGGAUCGCCAGCUGUCCGCAUGGGAAGCGGACGAGUUGCACGCCUGCGGAGGUGUGCACUGUCAGAGAUGCUCGUUUAGAACUAGCUCGUCAGUGCAAGGGGCGCGCAGAGUGGGGGAGAGCGAGCUGAAGCUACCGUUUCUAAACGGGCUGUGGCGGGACAUUGGGCCUGAUGGAGAAACCACUCCUCAGCCCUGUGCUUCUCAGACAUUGGAAGAGACUGCCGACGUCUCCGCGGAUCAAGCUUCCCUUGAGAGUGCGCAUUCGGCGCUGCUCUCCAAAGGGCUUGAUAAGGGUCUCGAAACUAGGUUUCCGACCGUCCGAUUCCACACGGAUGUGAUUGUCGGCCGUUCGAUAUCACUGGCCUUUGCCAGCAUCAGCGAGCACAUGCAAGAGGGUGAAGGAUUGGGCGCAUCGGCGGGGGUGCACUGCGGCUGCUGCGGGGGAGUGUUGGACGUCACCGUGGCGGCAUGUCACAUCAAACCGCUAUCGCCUGCUGACUGUCGACAGGGGUCCGACUUGAUGACGUCAGACACUGGAAGCGCUUCCACAUUGGGAGACGGAAAGGGCAGUGACGAUCUGUCAAAACGAGAGGGAGACGAGGAAAGCACCCAACGCAAAGCAGGGGUGGAGAAAGGAGAUGCAGAAGGAGUAGUGGAGGGGUUACAGGACGGGGACGGGUCAGGAGAGGGGUUAACUAGAGUUUCCGGCGAGCCAGAUGACGAGGUGACGACAAAGUUGGAAAGAUCAAUAGGGCCAGAGACGGCAGGACUUUUUACGGACACUUCCGCACAGGAAGCAGACCCAGUCUCUGGUGCGGAUUUGUCCGGACCUUUGGUUCGAAUACAGCGGGACGAAUACCACGUUUGGACGGUCAAACGUAUCGGACCCCGCCAGCAGAAAGUCUUUUCCUGCACGACUUUUGGGACUAUAGAAACGGCUUUAGAAUCGAGCGGUCCUUUUGCGGAGUCAGGCGAAAACGACGUUCCCAUGGGGUCCUUUCCGGGCUGUCUCGGCACCCCCGAAUGCGAGGAGUGGCGCCGCCGUGCGAGCGAAACGCUCGCUUUAGAAUGGGACCCUAGCGGGGCGCUCUUGGCAGUGGCGGUGCGGGGGGAGAGUAACAGAGGAGGAAGGGCCGGCCGGCUACUGAUUCUAAACCACGAGCUCGAGACGGUUGGGGAAGUUGACUGGGAAAAGGAGGUUUUGGGUCUCGGGAGAAAGAGCCCGGAAAAGAGUCAAGGGACGGAGAAAGGGUCUCUGCAACGGACGGGCAGCGGCGGCGCACUUCUGUCUAUGCAGAGUAAUGGUGCGAAUCAGUCGGGGGGAAUUUUGUCGCCAACUUUCCAAAGCGCAGACGACGGCACUGCAGCGGGGGUGCUUUUCCGGGGCGUUCUGUCCCCAACCCACGAGCCGCAGGCGACAGCCUCGGGCGGCCUCUUCUCCCCUCCGGCGAACAGGACCGCGACACGUGGUGCGCCCUCCGCGUCGUCCUCGCAGCGCACCACCGCUUUCCCAGAGAUCUGCGGUGUCGCUUGGGCGCCGCCACGUGGCGCGAUCCUGGCUGCGGUUGACACGGCAGGACACGUGGCACUGUUUGACAGGCUGGGAAGGGUUAUGACGGUGAUCGAGGGCGCACUUUCAGGGUCCGCUGUCAGCAGCACGAAGCCCUCCCUGCGUUCGUUUUUCGGACGUACGAAAGCGCCGAAUCGGAAUACCGGACCGUCCGAUACGGGCCCGCAGAAGUACUUGAGGAAAGAGGUUUGGACGCAGGGUUUGUGGGACCCGGACAAGGUCAAGGCCGGGACCACCGGCAAGCUCCGGCGGAGCUCGAGCGGAACGCUGGCGGAAUCCGGCGGAAGAGGUCGGACAGACACGGUAGGCGGCGAAACCAACGGUCCAAAACGCGCUGCGCGCAGUACGAGCCCGUUCCGGACGUUCUUCAGCCUCGGCCGGAGCUCCGGUUCCGGCCGUUCCGGUCAGGAGGCGGGCUCGAUCACAGCGAAAGCAGAGAGGGCAGCGGAGCCGUACUCCCUGUGUAUAUACCCGAGCACGAGCUUGGGAGGGGGCGGCGCAAGCGUACACGUGACGAUAUCUAGGGGGAAACACGUGGCGGUGUGGACGGUGCCUGGGAUCGGAACCGAGUACAGUGCGUCCAUGCUGAUGGCGACUGCGACAGGAGAGGCGGUCGAGAACGUGUUACCUCUCCACGUGGACAAAAGCCCCGCCGUGAGGGCAGGGCUGACGUGGCGAACGGCUGCCGUGCUGCCACUUGGCGACCGCUGCGAUGGCAAGGGCUACUACCAGGGCGCGCUCCUGGCCGUCCGAUCCGAGCUGUGCGCUGCACUCGCUUCCUUGGCGCCGCCCGAUGGCCACACGUGUCAGAGGCACGUGCGCGUGGCGGCGGACGCGAUGGCGGCCGCGGCGCGCCUGGACACGCGCUACCGGACCAGCCGCCCCGCGCUAUGGCUGACGUUGCAGGAGCUGGUGGAGAGCCUCUUUGAAGCGGGUCACCUGCGUUGUGCGCUGCACCUCUGCUGCGCCGUCCUUCCGGUCCUCGACGGAACGGCACUGUCCCCGGGAGAUUCCAAAGAACGGCGACUCAGCGGGACUGAGGCACCGGCGGAGUGUCGCCACGAACGGACGCGCGGUGUGUGGAAGCUGAUCGCGCAUCUCGCGCGGCAGAAGGGGCGAGUCAAAGGGGGGGACAGGAAAGAAGAGAUUGUCCUCUCAGAAUCGGGUCAAAGGAUGCUGGCCUUCUGGGCCGCCGGGGGACCGAUUCUCGACGACGGGCACUCAGAACUCGAGAAGAUAGAACCGGGGGAGCUGGCUGACGUCAUCGUGACCGAGGCCCUGCGCCGGGCAGGUGUCGAAACGGCGUCAGGAGAAAAGAAGCUCGGACAUGGUACCGAUCCUAAGCUGGAAGGCGAGGUGGAUUCGCUCGCGUCCGAAGCGCAAGCGGCGGUUUCGGACGGCGACGAGCACUUCCUUCUCGGACAGGAGGACGCAGCCGCGGCCGCGUACGCGCGCGCGGGCGUCCUGGGCUUGCCACGUGUCCUGGCCGUACACGUGCACCGGUGUGACGUCAGCGCGGCCGUGGGCGUGAUGCACCUGGCGGAGGACCUGUGUGAAAAGGCGGGGCGCGAAUCGGACGGUGCGAAAGGCAAGCGGGAUUCAUCGGACGGCGGAGAAGCGGCGGACGCGUAUCGAACGGUUUUAAGGGCGCAGUGUCGAAAGCAUCCACGGGUGGUGGCAGCCGUGUUCGCUUCGAUGUGCAGAGAGUUCGGGCUACUCAUGGCGGCCUGGAGUCAUAUCAUCUCCGCUGGAGGCCCUGUUUCAGAAAAGGUCGCGGAAGCCCAAUAUGAUGCAAAGCUUGCGUUUCCCUCGCCGCUUUCCUGGCGGGGCCUCGGGUUCGACGGGCGGAGAGUGCGCGUCGAUCCUCAGAGCUUCGCGCAGGGAGUCGCGCAUUUUGAGUUGGGGGCGAGUGCGCCGGAGGUUAACUCUAACCCGAGACAAGACAAAGCGGGUGAGGCUCUGGCAGAUAGUGUCCCUGCAAGACCAUCCGCAGAAGCCCCCGGGGGAGAGAGCCAUCCGGUUAGCAAGAAACCAUCGAGUCUAAGCGAAAACCAAAAAGAGAAUGCGACGCCGUUCUCAAAUCCCGCCGUAACCUCGCGACGGCCGUCCUUCGCCGAAAGCAACCCGAUAAGCGAUGGCCCGCAGGGCAUAGCCGAUCCCGCUUUCGAUCUGGCGGCGCGCAUCGUCUUCCAGAGACACGGAAACGGCCGAAUCGACCCGGCGCUAUCAACCGAGGGCAGUCAAGCUCAGGAAAAAGCCGGGUACCAGCUCGGGGAACGAUCUCCCGAGGAGCUGAGUGCGAGGAAACUUGAGCGGCGGCGCUUCUGGGCGAUUGCGGCCGCGGUGGACUGGCUGGUGAAGGGCGGGGAGCGCGAGGCGGCCGCGGGGCUGCUCCGUGGGGCGGGCGACUGGCGACAGGCGGCAGAAACGGCAAUGGAGAUUGCGCGCGAGCUCCAAGGGCCCGGGCGCGACGGGGCCGCUUUCGCCGCGGCCGCGGUCGCGAUUGUCUCGGCGGCCCUGGACGCGGCCGCGAGGCGGGCCGACGUUGACGAGCUUGCGGACGUGCUGGAGCUCGCGGAGAGGCUGCUCGGGGCGGGCGCGGACGGGAAAGAGCUCGUCCGAAAGGCCCUUGAAAAUUUGGACGAGCGGAUCCUCCGGCGCGCACGUGCCCUGCCCGUUCUGAACACCGGACGUCCAAACAGGCGGGCCUUGGAUGGGGACCAAGGAGAGCCCGCGUCCGAAGCCAAAACCGCGGCCGCCCUGCGCAAAACCCUGGCGGUUCUGCUAAGGACUUUGCGGCCGUUCCUUUGCCAGUCUCUGGAUCUGCACGGCGGCCAGCUCAAUAUUCCACCACCCUUGGCCUUGGAAGACGAGACUCUCCGAGAGAGCAUUCACACCGCCCUUGACCGGCUGCGCCACGUGGCAUGGUACCUGCACUGCCGCGCAACGCUGCCUGCGAUGUGUACAAAGCACAGGGAGAUUAUUCACACUCUCGCGACGGCGCCCGGGACGCCGGACGAACUAGAGCGGGACAUAGCGGGCUGGGCCUGCAGACUGCUGGUUGGUGACAGGUACCACCCCGCGCGCGAGCUCCAAGCGACGGUGGUGGCGGUGUGCGCGAGCCUAAAGACGAAAGAGCCGCGCGUUGUCGAGUUCCUGGAGCGGCGUAUUCCCAAGGGCCGGUCCUCCCUGUCAACCACCGCCACUCUGGAGGGCAUGCGGCGGGUCUCUUACACCACGCUCACAGUCGGCCGGAACGGCGGAAGCGGAAUGAACGGAUUUGAACUGCCUUUGGAUACCGACGUCGACCCAGUCCGUACGGCCUUCCUGUCCGAACUUGAACGACUCCUGUGGGAGUACGGCCAAGGAGAGCCAGCUAACGCCACCACAGAUUCAGUUCCUCAAUCACAAGAACGGGUAACACAUGAGACGAAGUCACAGAUCGAAGGCGCACAGAUAGCUGACGUCAGCAAAGCGUCACCCGGGCCUCAACCGGUGCGUUCCAUCGGUACCGAAGCGGACGACGGCGACAGCUCAGACUCCUCAGAAGAAUCUCUUGUCGCCCUGGAGGUUCCCAACGGUAAGCGCGAGAGCGCAAGCGCGAGCUCUACGCCGCUCUCCGUCCUGUCGCCCGCAAGCCGGCGCGGGUCGCGAGGUUUUAGCCGGGGUUUGGAGGUUGCCGCGGGCGCCGAAGCGCGCGGCUCCGUUAGCCAGGCGGAGUCGUGCGCGAGCGUGGCGGGCGCUUCGACGGGCCGCCACGUGUCAAGUGACGUGGGCAGGUCCGUGCGAGGUUCCAAGAAGAACCGGUCGGCUUCAACCGGUCGCGAAAAGGCGGCGUUGAGCAUAGAGAGUCCAGCCGGGAGCGGUUCGGAGACAGAGGAAGAAGGGGCCAGCAAUGAGAAGGCCAUCCUCGAGAAGAUUAGGAGUUUGGUCGUGCCGGGGGGCAAGUUGUCGCCUUCCAAAAGCAGGGCAAGAGCCCCCAAGAAAGAGAGAAGUGCAUCUUCAAGGAGCGCUCCGAAAGCCACAAGAUCCAAAACGGAACGCGGGAAAACCGUGGCGAUCCAGGCGGAAUUCCCGCCGCAGGUCGACCAGAACCUCCAGACCUCUCCGAACCUGGAGGUUUCGCGCGCGCUGAGGGCCGCCAGCGCGCGCGCGUGCGCGGCCGCGGAGGACGGGGAGCUGGAGCGCUCCUCCGGGGAGAUGUACAGCAGCGGCGACGAGAGCGCGGGCGCGGCCGCGACGAUCGUCCCUGAAUACGUCCAAAAGGACCGUCCGGCGCCUCGGAAAAGCGUUCGGCGCGCGCACCACGCGGCCGCGCGCGGCGCGCGCGCGGCGACGACGCAGACGGAGGAAGAGGGGGUGCUUGGGAAGACGGCGGUGGAACGAGUGGUGGAGGAGAAGAAGAGAGAAGUCGAGGAGGAAACGGCGAAGGUGGAAGAGAGGAGGGGAGAUGAGAACAGGGAGGAUGCACUUUAUGUCCAGACUGUGCGCGAGCAGAAAGAGCUGGAGCACCUCGAAGCCGCGGCGACAAUCCUAGCCAAGGCGGGCAUCCAAGAGAACGUCUACCUGUUUGGCUCCUCCCGCGGCGGCUUCUCGGCGACCGCCUCCCAAGCUUUCGGGCUCUCAGGUCGCCUGACCGGUGUCCUGCGAAACACCGGCAGACCCCUCGCUUCCAGCGGAACGCUUCUUCGUUCCGGCGAGGCGGCGAGCGGAAUAGGGGUGAACAGGGCGACACAAGCGCUACAGUGCGCGCGGAGGACGGUCGCCCUCGAGAGCGGCUUCCGACCGCGGGACCUGUUCACACCGGAACCGCCGCCGGAACCGGAACAGGAAGCGCUGCUGGGGGUCACCGGCCACCCGCUAGGGUUUAGGCAAACCCGCCGCGUCGUAGAUCAGACUGUUGGGGGUUUGGGGACCGGCCUUCGACUGCUGACGGCGGCUGACGUCAGCGCGAGCGGCCGACGGUUCUUGCGGACACAAACCGCGCCCGCGGGCGCGGGCGCGCUCGCGACAAGCCGCUCUUCAACAUUGACGCGCGCCCAAACCAUGGGAAGGGUUUCGGGACGGACGGGGCUAUUCGAGAGCCUGCGAUCGGACGUCCGGACCGCGGCUUCGCUCGGGAGCACUUCGUUCGUUGCCCUAGCCGAGACCGUGAAGAGCGGGGGCUUCGCUGACGUCAGCCACCUGCAGAGUGACGCCAAGAAUCGCGUGAGCUGGGCUUCGGACGAUGACGGACGUCCGGAGGCGUUUGGUUCUGGAACGGUCCCGUCGGGAAAGCUUAUGCGGACGCAAACCCGCCGAAUGGGUUUUGAAGGAGAACCGCGGGGCGCACCCGUGCAGCGAGAGUUGUUCCGCGUCCGUUCCGGUCGGUCAGCAGAACGGAACGGGUGGGGCGGAGACGAAGAGCCGGAACUCUGGGAGCACACAAGUGCGAUGCAGGAGCCCGAGUUCCGGCCUGUCUCGCGAAGCGCCUCGUUGAGAAGUCGAAGCGGAACAGAACGAAAGCGGACUGCCAGGCAGAAAAGCGAACGGUUAAGUGCGUCAGAAAGUAGAAGACAAUCCACGCAAGAAUGUCCCUCCGGGGACUCCUUUUCCGGUUCUGAGCUUGUUCCGGCGGACAGAACGGAGCCGCUCAUGACCGACGCUGCGUUCCGGUCCCAGAGCGUCCGCAAAGCGACCGGAAAAUCGGCAUGGGCGGAAAAUGACGGUUUCGAGUCCCGCUUCGAAAAACUGGAAGACACCGCUGAGAGGGCCUACUCCGCGGCCGCGGCUGCGACGUCCGGGGCAGAGGCGUGGGUGCAGGGUUUGGUGACAAUGGAGGGUCGCCGGACAAGGAAAACCGUCCGGCGCCAGACCGGAACGGGUGCUCUUCCGGCGGAACAAAUGGACGCCUUUGUCGAAAAAAGGCAGGAGGAGUUUCCUGAGGAAGCCACUUCGACAGCCGAAAGACGGCGGAUCGAAUUGGAAGAGCUUGGGGGCGUGCGGCUGCUGCGCCGGACGAUGACACGUGGCGCACAUCGCACGGCCAAUUUUGCGAGCACCAAUCAGCGCGCUUCGUCUUUCGAUGACGAUAACGACUCCGGCGGAAUGAACGCGGACGCACGCGCGCUGCGUGACGCCAUCCUGAUGCAAGCCGCGAGCAGCCGCCAGGCGUACGAGGAGCUGUGUGACGUCAUCGCGCGCUUCGCGGGCGCGGGCCGCGUGUUCGGCGGCGACGAUCUGCGCGCGCUGGACACGGUCGCGAGCGGGCGGGGCUUGGGGGUUUCGAGGGCGACCGCGCGCGGCUUCGAGAAAGGGCGCGUCGCCAAGAUGAUGCGCAAACUGAUGGCGAAACUGGGCGACCCAGAGUUCGACGCGAAUGAGGAGCUGUUAGGAAAUGGAUGUGAAGGAAAUGCAGCGCGACCAGGUUCCGCCCGGGGCUUCGAAGCAGAGAUUCCGGUGAAGCAGGAGCGGAAGAAAACGGUCCGGGGUGGGGCCGAAAUACGGGAUGACAUGGCGGAUGACGUGGCAGCGGCGGCGGAGCAUGCUCGCAACCUUGCUGGGGCAAGGAUCCAGGCUCACGUGCGCGGCUAUCUUGUCCGCCGGCGGCUCUUAUGGCGAUCACCCGUACAACACAUCUCCCCAAGACCUGCCAGCCCAGACUCUCCAAAGGCGCCAAUUCACACUGUUUUGAGCGUUAGCAAUCACCAAAAGGCUCUCUCUCCGAGAGCGCCUGGUGCCACUAUAUUCCUAGAAGCGGCGCCGCGGCCGGCGAGCGCGAGCGCGCGCGCGCUGAGCCCCGCCAGAGAAAGCUCGUACGGAAAUUUUUCGGCGGAAGGUGGCGGACCGGAACGGGAUCGAGCGGUGCCUAAGCCGACGGUGCCACCGCCUCCCGAGAAUGAGACAAAAGAUCAGAGAAUCUUCAGGGUCUUGCUGGAGGAGAUGACGGCGACGUUGGGCGAGGUCGAAGCCGCGGCCGCGUCCUUCGAGCGCGACGUGGCCGCGUCUCAGCACACCAUGGACGAGAUUGAGCGCGAGAAGUGGGAGCAAAAGCAGCGCUAUCUGCGCGCGGUGCUGGGCGAGGCGCACAAGAUCGGCGCGGAGAUCGACCGUGAAGAAACGGAGGUGGACGCGGUACGGGGUUUAGUGGCGGUUUACGAGAGCAACGCGGUGUGGGGGUGAUCAAGAGAGAGUUUCGUGAGGUUUUGAGCGAAUUUAAAGGGUUCGGACUGAAAGGCCUUUUCGGAGGGCUGCAAACGAACUUUGUUUUACGGAAGAUACUGAACUUCUUUUCCAGUG